GGCGCUCAGGCCCGGAGGCUGGAUGGGCGCGCGGGUCGGCGGGAUCGGCCUUCGUUUUCGGGGGGCAGCGCAGCUUUCCCGGCCGGCGAAGAAGCUGGCCGACGGCGACUGGGCGCGUGCGCGCUGCUCCGGCCCGCCUGCAGGCGGCGCUGCGCCCGGCGGGAGGGGCGGAGACGGAGUCCCGCGGUCGCCCCCCCUGAGCCCCAGCGCGUGGCAGGGGCCUGCCGGAAGCCUCGGGUCCGCCCACGGCAGGAAGCCGGAAGCGGAGGAGACCACCACUCCCGGCCAGGCGCCUGAGGGCGACGCGCGGGGCGAAAGUGGCUCCCGCCCGAGCGGCGCCAUGGGGAAGCGGAAGACCGGCCUGCCGGACAGAUGGACUGAUUACCUGCCUCUUGGAAGAAGAAUGCCUGGAACACGCUUUAUUGCCUUUAAAGUUCCUCUUAAGAAGAGUUUUGAAUGGAGGCUUACCCCAGAUGAGCAUUUUUCUCCCUUAGAUCUUAUCACUCGAGUGAAAGAGCAGAAAGAGGAACUUGGUUUGAUCAUUGAUUUAACAUGCACAACACGCUAUUAUGAGCCAAUGGAACUACCAGAUACACUGCAAUAUUGUAAAAUUUCAACAGUUGGACGUGAAGUACCUAAUGACGCUAUAGUUUCUAAAUUCAAAAGUGCUGUGAAAAAAUUCCUCAAAGACAACCAGCAUAAUGACAAACUUAUUGGAGUCCACUGUACACAUGGCUUGAAUCGAACAGGUUACCUUGUUUGCAGGUACCUUAUUGAUGCUGAAGGAAUGGCUCCAAACAUGGCAAUAGACUUAUUCAACAGAUGCAGGGGACAUUCUAUAGAGAGAAAGAACUAUAUUUCUGCUCUUCAGAAAACACCUGAAAAAAGAAACCAUAAUAUGGCUAUUUCACAACGUGAUUGGAUGAAAGGGCAUGUUGGUCAUACCCCAAGUUCUGAUUCUGAAGUUGUUGAAUACGGACCACAAAACUGGAAACACGCGCCAAGGCGUUUUCCAUUUAGGAGAGGUGGACGAAGCCAACACAGGAAACAUUCGCAGACCUGGAACCAGAAUCUCAUCACCUGUUACAAUGGAGGGAACCAAACUUACAGUCCACAACAUCCCCCUGCAGCCAACAUCAUCCAUCAAAGAUCCCAUCAUGUCAGCCCCAGCAGUCGGCUAUUCUCCCCCCAGCAACAAUUUCCAGGAUAUCAAAGACCCUGUUUUCAGAUACAAAAUCCUCAUUGCUCCCUGCAACAACAUAGAAAUCAAUUAGACAAGCAACACUAUUGGAUCCCUUAGUUAUGAAAAAGUAAUUGGCAGGAAAAUAUAAUCUAAUUGUGAAAUUGAUCCUUAAAUUAAAUUACACCAUUGCUGUUUGGACAGAAUGCUUCCUGAGCUGCAUCCAAUUCUACUAGUGACACAUCAUUUAGUUGCCUUUUUGGAAGGAUGGAAAUAAAGAAGAAAAACUAACUGGAAACCUGCUGAUAAAUAACAUAUUGUUAUUUCCAACAGAAGGAUUCUGUUAAUCAAGGAAAGAGUUAAUUCACCAAAAAAUGUUUUCUUACAUCUUUUUGAGGAAAAAGAUUAGACUUCUUCCUAAGACAUACUUCUGCAAAUGCUGCUUAUAUAUGGAUCUUUAGAUAUUACAUAAAAUUUGUUGUUCCUCAA